AUGCAUGAUCCUCAUCGACAGCCACCUCUCCCUCCCUCGUCAGCGCAUCCGCCAUACCCGUCCUAUGCCCCUCGAGAGCCGGUUGUGAAGCGAGAUCCUGCCGAAGAGACCUCCCUUCCCCAGCUGCGCCGACCUAACUCGACCGGUGGUGUUGCAGAGAAUCUUCCGCCAGGUCCCCAUGGUCCUCAUCCGAACCCUCCUCCGCCUCCAGACGACCCGCGACGACAUAUGAGCUACGACGGCGGGCCCUCGAUGCCGCAUUCGCCGGCCAUGUAUAGGCAACCUCAGGGUUACCACCCUCCACCAACACCGGUGCCUCAGCAUCCCCCCUAUGAUAGUCCUCACGUAUACGGCCCUCCGGCCUCCAUGUACCCAGUAGAGAUUGCAACUAGCGCCAAGCGAAAAGCCCAACGCGCCUCUCAGGCCUGCGAUAGCUGUAGGCAGCUCAAAGCUAAAUGCGACGAGACCAAACCUUGCAAAAACUGCAGAGAGAAAAACAUCGAUUGUAAAUAUCGAGACCCCCCCGCAAAACAGCCCGACAAAGUUACCGCAGAUUUAUUGGAAAUGUUGGCUUCCAUGAGAGAGGAGAUAAAUUCGAAGCUGUCAAAUAUUAACCGGAUGCUAAACCUAGAAACCAAGGUCAAGCAGAUUAACCCCGGGACUGACAUGAAGGUCGAGUCAAUCGAAGAAGAGGAGCACCCAGAUGAUUUUCCACCUAGUUCUCCUGGGCCUGCUAGUAAGACGCAGGGCGAAGAAUCGUUGUCAUCACCGGGGGGUACAGUGGUGGAGCCGAGCCUGACUAUGGAUGAAGCUCACGCUACGCUACAAGAAGCGAACGAUGACGAUAUGGAGGAACACCCAGGUCCGAUUGUAACGCCUGGCAAACCUGCCAUGCCUCCGAACCAUACGACUUUAGCAGGUUUACUUUUGAAGUGGCCAUCAAUCGAGAGAAUGGUCCACCAUUUAAUGGAAGCGGAGAAGAUAUUUCAUCCCGACGAAUAUCCUAUCCGGCAAGAACAGCAGCGUGGCAUAAUCCGCGUUUUUGGGAGAGGCGAGGGGUUCGAUCAGGAUAUCCGUGCUUCGGACAAAGAAACUCCACCGGACCAUACCAUGACUGACGUUUUGGAUGAUUGUUCGGAUGUUGCAUCUCCUUCUCCCGUGGGAGAAGCCUGGGGCCAGGUGGGCAGUUUAACACCCCCUCCUGGUGUUGAGUAUAGAGGUGGUGUCGUUAAUGUUGAUGGAAAUCCGGACUGGGACUCGACCAAGAUCUGGAGAUACGUGAACAGUUUCAGGGAAAAUAUUCUCAACAUGCAUCCUAUAAUCAUCCCGAGAGAGCUUACAGCCAUGGUUAAAAUAUUUCUAGAUACUCUACCGAAGUCUGAGAAAAACCAGGGCAACAAGAUGGGUGGGAACGCGAGAUUCGUCAACCAGCCGAGUGGGAUUUUGCCGUUUGAAACGGGACAAAAGAGGAAGAGAUCACCUGCCGCGGACGAACAAACUCCCUCAACAACAUUUGUAAAGCCCGGACGACCUUAUCGAAGCGUUCACAGCGCGCUUGUUCUGAUGGUUUUUGCUCUGGGCAAGAUUUGUCUUCAUAAAGAUAAAAUCCCCGAUGCAGUCCACGAGUCGGACUCGCCGAUGCAUCACUCGCCUUCAGUUCGCAACGGCAUUUUAGCUUCACCUCUGCAGGGAUCACCUCCGGGAAUGUUUUCGCAGUCGCAGUCUUCCAACAUGCCGUCUCCUAAGGAAAGCGAGAGGAUUCCCAUGAGUCGAAGACCUUCCCUCCAAGGGAAUAUAUCAGGCUCGAGAGGUCCGCAUUCACAUAAGCGAAACUUGGACGUCAUCCCUGGUCUCGAAUACUUCGCGCUUGCGAUGGAUAUUAUGGGUAGCCACAUGGGAGGCUUCAAUCUAAAGCACAUCUACGUGCAUAUCUUAGCAGGUUUGUAUUAUGGGCAACUAGGUCGCGUACUUGAGAGUUGGUCUUACAUUUCUCUUGCAAGUCGGAAUCUACAAGUUAUACUCCGUCCGAGCCUCGAUCGCCUUUCGAAGUGGCAUGACCAGGGUAGAAGUAUUGGUCAGUCACGCAGGGACAAUCAGUUGGCGUUUGCCUUUUGGACCUGCCUGCAGUUGGAAAGUGAUAUCCUAGCCGAACUGCCACUCCCACAGUCCGGUAUUUUGCAAUAUGAAGAUAGGAUGCCAUAUCCAAAUUCCGAGUAUGCCGUGAAUCAGGGCUUCUCAGAACACAUAGUAACUGGUUAUAUUGCACAGCUGUAUCUUCGAAAGCAGCUGAACCAGGUGCAUACUCUACUGUACGACUCCGAGAAGCAGAGCAAGAACAGAACCGGAAUUUCGUUGAGUGACCCAGCCGUCGAGGAAGGCGUCAAGAGAAUCGAGGAGAUGCUAGCGAAUUCGAGAAAUCGAUGGGUGCCUGGCAGCUACCAAUGGGACGACAAAGACCCUCCGGCCAACGAUAUACUUGGAGCUCGUCUACGUGCUAAAUAUUGGGGUUCGCAGGUUAUUCUUUACCGACCCUUUUUGAGGGCGAUCCUCGAACGAGAACCGUGGCCAUAUCAUAACCAAGCGGGUUCACCCGAUACUCAGCCGUCCCUUGACAUGGACGAGAUACCUCGCAAUGUGGAUGGUAGGAUUCUUCGGUAUGCUGGCUUAGCAAUCAAUGCUCUCGUCGAGAGUACCCGAGCGUUCCAUGGGAUACCUAGCUCUCAACGCAUUAUAAUUACCAACGUCUUUGGAACGGCUCAUGCUCAAUGGGGUAAUCUCCUAACUCUAGCGGCGUGUUUCAAGGAUAGGUAUCUGCGCAGGUUUAUCGAUGCGGAGACCCUAAACACUCUGUUUUCUCGAACGAUCUCCUUUUUCCAAUCGAUUGUCACACCCACGAGCGCGCUGAGAGCCGAUAUGAAUAUUUUGAUCGGCUUGGCAAAAGAUCUUGGGUUCGUCCCGAAUGAAUACGAUAUUGCAGCAUCGAGCUUUUCAAGCAUAAUGAGUGGUGGUCCUCUGCCGCCUAUGCAUAACCCUAGUGGUGACAACUUUCAUCCACCUCCACCAUCCGCCCUCGCGCGACCGCAUUUGCCUCCACCGCAAAUUCCUUGA